AUUGACUGUGAAGUACUGGAGGUGGUUAAGACGGUUCAGGAUGGAGGAGUGCUGUUUAUCAGGCGAAGAAAAAGAGAAAAUGAGGAUUCACCAAGAAAUUGAGAGGAAGCUAAAAAUGGACAAGCGGAGUUCCAACAAAGAAUUGAAGCUUUUACUUUUAGGCACAGGAGAGAGUGGGAAGAGCACUUUCAUCAAGCAGAUGAGAAUUAUACAUGGCAAGGGCUACACAGAGGAAGACAAGAGGUCCUUUGCCAAACUGGUGUACCAGAAUGUCUUUACUUCCAUUCAAAGCAUGCUUAAAGCCAUGGAGAACCUGAAAAUCCCCUUUGCUGAAAGCAAAAAUGAAACAUUUGCUGCAAUGCUUAAGGAGGUGGAAGCAGAAUCAGUGCAAACAAUGGAGGCUAAAUAUGCUGAAGCCAUCAAGAGUGUGUGGAAAGACCAAGGCCUGCAGAAAUGCUAUGAACGCAGGAGAGAGUAUCAGUUAUCCGACUCUACCAAAUAUUACCUUGAUGACAUGGACAGAAUAGCUGCAGGGUUUUACAUGCCGACCUUGCAGGAUAUUCUACGAGUCCGAGUUCCAACCACAGGCAUCAUUGAAUACGUCUUUGACCUUCAGAGUGUUCUAUUCAGAAUGGUUGAUGUCGGAGGCCAAAAGUCAGAAAGACGGAAGUGGAUCCAUUGUUUUGAAAACGUCACAUCUGUAAUCUUCUUGGUGGCUCUGAGCGAAUAUGAUCAGUUCUUAUUUGAGAGUGCGAAUGAGAAUCGAAUGGAAGAAAGCAAGGCACUUUUUAAGACAAUCAUCUCCUAUCCCUGGUUUCAGGAUUCCUCUGUCAUUUUGUUCCUUAAUAAGACAGAUAUCCUGAAGGAUAAGAUCUUAAAGUCAGACCUUGCGAAGUAUUAUCCACAGUUCACAGGGCCUAAAAAUGAUGCAGAUGCUGCAAUGAAGUUCAUCUUGAAAAUGUAUGAGGAACAGAACCCCGACAAACAGAAGCGGAUCUAUGCACAUUUUACCUGUGCGACUGACACUGAAAAUAUCCGUUUUGUUUUUGAAGCAGUAAAGGACACCAUUCUGCGCAACACCCUCAGCGCAUUUAACUUAGGUUAGGUGACAGGAGUGUUUUUGCAUAUACUGUUAGAAUGGUUUUUACUCCUGAUCCAAUGAAAAGCUUUAUAUGAUCUGUGAAUGAAGACUGACAUUGCUGUAUGGAAAUAUUGUGUGAACUUAUAGCCUGCUUGUGCUUACAUAAAUUAUAGACAUGCCCAAAAAAGAAAUGUCUAAUUUUAUGUUAAUCAGAGGCAUGCGACACAGGUUUGGAACAACAUGAGGUAGAGUGAAUGAUAAGAUAAUUUUUAUUUAGUGUUAGCUGUCUUUUAAACUUUUUUAAAAAAGAAUAUUUUUUCAGGAAAUGUCAGGAACUUUUUUUUUCUCUCCACUAGGAUAUUUUUCUAUAUGAAAUGCUUUAUUAUGCUAAAUAGAUCUAAAUUUACUGCAAUACCUUAAUUUGUAAUAUCAGGUGAAUUAGAUAAAUAUUUUUAUUGAUACUUAAUGUAGCAUCUGUUGUGAAUAUCUUCAAUAUUGCAUUCUAUUUCUAACAGAUUUUAAUAAAAUAUGAAUUAAGCCUUAUAGCAUGAAAGGGACGCUUUGAAUCCAUGCAAAUCCUGUGUAGCCACUGUCUUUGCUAUUCAAACAAUCUGCUUAAAACUGACAUGGACAUAAGAAUGAUGCCAUUAUACAGAUUGUUUCAUGUUUAUUGUAACAUGAUUACAGAUUAAUUCAGUGAAAAGUGGGAAAAAAGCUGCUGCUUAUUGUAAAAUGUACCGAGAAAUCCAAUCAAAUACUUUUGCAUUUAGCAGCCAUUGCAUAUUAUUUAAUAAAUAAAAAAUUUUAUUAUUUGUUUUUACAUUUAAAUUUCAUUAAAGGACUUUUUUUCCA